UCAUUUACUAACCAUAAUCUACCCUACCGGGAAAUUUUCAAAUAUGGGACGAGCUCAAUUUUCGGACACUAGUUGUACAUUACACGAAUUUCGAAAUCGGCAGACGACGUAGCUGUGAUCUGUGUACAGUGUGAGCCCGGCUUUACAGUUAUAAAUAUUUUAACUAUUAUUUUUUUUAUUUUAUUAAAUAUAAUCAUCAAAAAUCACUUCACCCGUUCACCAUGAAACCUUUAAUGUUACAAGGGCACGAGCGUGCCAUUACUCAAAUUAAAUACAACAGAGAGGGUGAUUUAUUGUUCUCGUCUGCUAAGGACGUAACACCAAACGUUUGGUAUUCUUUGAACGGAGAGCGUCUUGGUACAUACAUUGGCCAUACUGGAGCUGUAUGGUGUAUUGACGUCGAUUGGAAAACCACUAAAUUUUUGUCCGGUGCUGCUGACAACACCUUAAGGCUUUGGGAUGUUGCUACUGGUGUGGAGAUUGGUAAUAUUAGUAGUAAUUCAGCUGUGCGUACAUGCUCUUUCAGUUACUCAGCUGAUCUUGCCAGCUACUCAACAGAUCAAGCUAUGAAACAAGAUUGUGAAAUAUUUAUAGUUGAUGCUCGAGAUGACGAAGCUUUUAAAAGCAGUGCCCCAAUUUUGAGAAUGACUGUGCCAGAUUCCAAAGUGACUUCUUUAAUUUGGGGUACAUUGGACCAUACAAUCAUUACUGGACAUGAAGAUGGUGCUAUUACUCAAUGGGAUUUGAGAACUGGAAAAAGCAUUGAAACUGUAAAAGACCAUCAAGGAUCAAUCAAUGACAUGCAAAAAAACCGACAAGGUACUAUGUUCGUUACUGCAUCAAAAGACAAAACUUCAAAGUUAUUUGAUGUUGACGAUUUGUCAGUCCACAAAGUCUAUGUGACUGAACGUCCUGUCAACAGUGCUUCACUUUCACCUAUAUAUGAUCACGUGGUAUUGGGUGGUGGUCAAGAUGCUAUGGAUGUAACAACAACAGCAGCACAAGCAGGAAAAUUCGAUGCCAGAUUCUUUCAUGUCAUUUUUGAAGAAGAAUUUGCAAGAGUAAAAGGUCAUUUUGGUCCCAUAAAUUCAUUAGCAUUCCAUCCAGAUGGUGAAAGUUUCAGUACAGGUGGAGAGGAUGGUUUCAUUAGGGUACAAUCAUUUGAUCCGUCUUACAAAGAAUUUAGAUUUGAUUAUUGAUUAUUUAUUCUAGUGUUAGUGUCAAUAAUUUAAAAAAAAAAAUGUCUUCCAAAAAAAUCAAUUGUUUAUCUAAUUAUCUUAUUACAAAUCUAUGUUGUUCAAUCUUAUCAUUUGGUAAACAUUAUUGCUCUAUGUUAUUUUAAUUUCUUUUAUUUAUAAAUUUCUGUUGUAUUUUACCAUAUACAUCAACUUCUAAUUUUAAAGUUAUCUGAUUAAGAAAAAUAUAUUAUUUAAAUGUUUAUAGGACACCCCACACAAAUUUGUUGUCACCCUUUAGAAAAUGUGUAACAUUCAGCAGCUCAUGCUAAAAUUUGUUGGUUUUAAUAUUAGAGUGAAUUUAUUAUUUAGAUAUUAUUAAACUUGGGUAACAGUAUUUAAAUAUUUUGUUUUAAGCAUUUUUAAAUUGUUGUAAUUUACUUACAUGUUUACACUUGCUUAAAUUUACUGUAUCAAAAAUGCACAAAUAUUGUUAUUAGUUUGAUACAUUUAAGUUAGAUAAUUUGGUCAAUUCAUGGUAAUAUUAAAACUAGCAAAAGUUAAUGUAAUUUGGUAUGUUAUGCACAUGUAAUAGGGAUACAACAAAUACGAGUGUUUCAUGAACCACAUAAGGGCCAGUUGUACCAUCUCCGAUUAAAGUUAACCGGAAUUUAAUUGGCCGACUUUGCCCGGUUAAAUAUCUGUUAUCUGCUGAUUAAGCAUAAUUGAAGUUUAACCGUAGACUGUACAACUGGACCUUAGAAUAACUAUUAAAUCAUAAUUAAUUUUUCCCAUGGAUUAUAAAUUAUUGCAAAAUGUCCCUGGCACUCAAUUUAUUUGGCGAUUCAUGUUGAAAAAUAAGUAACGUCUGACCGAUACUUUUAUAUUUGUUAUCAGUUAAUUUGGAAAACUGAUGCAUGUUACAAAUUGAAAGUAUUGAAUAGUGUGUAAAGAUAUUUUUUAAAAUACCAUGUACCUAUAAUAUUUGUGUUUAAAUAUCAUUUCUCAUUGACUAACAUCAUACUUGCUAUGAACAAGGAAAUAGGAAUCUUUACUGGAAAAAAUGAAUUUGUAAAUGUCCUUAUGCACAUAUAUUCUAUAUUUGUGUUCAUAUUUAUGUAAAAAUAUAUUAACAGUAUUUAUUUAUUUUAA